AUGUAUGAUGGUUUACCUGAUGAUUUAAUUAAAAGAUUAACUAAAUCUUUUAUUCAUGAAGAAGAAGAAGUUAAAUUACAAAUUCUUCUUCUUGCUAUUCGUGUAUGGGCAUUCCAUAGAUAUAAUAUUAUACAACAACAAGGAGGAAAAAGAAUAAGAGGAGGAAGAGGGAGAGGAAGAAGAGGAGAGCAACAUCAGCAGGGAGGAGAGGGAGAAGGAGAGGAAGAAGAAGGAGAGGAAGAAGAAGGAGAGGAGGAAGAAGAAGACGACGAAGAGGAAGAAGGACGUCUAAUACCUUAUCCUAGUAAGGAACAAAGUAAGGAGAAUUUUAUACGUAUAGAUUUAUUAUUAAGAUAUUUAUUAGAUCUUUCUUCUUAUGAUAAAAGUUAUGAGGUAAGAGACAUAGGAAGAUUAUAUAAAUCAUUAAUAGAUGCACUUUCUUCUUCAUCAUCUUCCUCUUCUUGUUGUUUAUCUCCUUCUUCUUCUUCUUGUUCUUCUUCUUUAUCUAAUAGAGAGGAGACAGCAGAAGAAAGAGAUAAACGUAUAUUUGCUGAACAAUAUUUGCAUGCAUUAUCUUCACCUCCAUCACAAUCAUCUUCUUCGUCUUCUGCUGCUGGUACUGCUACUGGGACCACCAGCAACAGCAGCAGCAGCAGCAGCAGCAGCAGUAGCAGCAGCAGUAGUGGCGGAAGUGUGAUCCCGGAUCGGGAUCGGGGUUAUACGAUCCCAUGUGCUGACCCCACAGAAGAUGAUUGGCCUUUAAGCUCGAUGGCCUUCUACCUGGGAUCGACCCCGAUCCCGGGAUCGGUUCCCCUCCCUCCUUUUGCUGCAGAGGAUUCAGAUCCUUCUCUUCGUCAAUGUAUAACAGAGGAAGAAGCAUUAAGGGAUUCUUUCUUAUCUAUAGGUAUAAGACCCCCUACAGGAGGGUAUGGAGGAGGGGCCCCUCCUAAUCGUGGAGGAGGGGGCCCCACGCAUCAUGGAGGAGUGGGGGGGCCCCAUCAUCAUCUCCAUAGCCCAACAGCAGGAGGGGCAGGAGGAAAGGGACCCCGUUGUAUUAGUUCCUCUGAUGUUAUAAGACAAGAGAAUGCAGCAACAUUGAUGGGUAGAUAUGAUGGAGGGAAGAGGCCCCUUAAUCAGGGGGACUUGGAUCUAUUCUAUGAAGGGGACCCUCUAGAGGAUUUAGAGUGUAUAGGCAGCAGCAGCAGCAGCAGCAGCAGCAACAGUAAUAGUAAUAGUGAUCCAUCGUGUAGUAAUAGUACAGAGUGUACAGGAAACAGAUCAAUUGGUGGUGUGGGGCCAGCAGAAAGUAGCAGCAGCAGCAGCACCAAUACCAGCAACAGCAGCAGCAGCAGCAAUAACUGCAGCAGCAGCAAUCCUAGCGAAAAAAUUGGUGACAGUGUAUGGGGAGCAUUUGAUGAUACACCCACAGAUGUCUACCUACCAGAUGCUGCUGCAGGUGUUGCUGCUGCUGCUGCUGCUGCUGCUGCUGCAGCUGCAGCAGCAGCAACAACACCUGCAGGAAAUACACCUGUAGGUGCUAUCAUUGUAGGAGAGGAUGAUGAAAGUGACGAAGACACACAGAGUCCAUACAAUCAGCAGCAGCAACUGCAGCAGCUGCAACAGCAGCAACAAGAGCAGCAGCAAUUGCAACAAGAGCAGCAGCAAUUGCAACAAGAGCAGCAGCAGCAACAACAGCAACAACAAGAGCAGCGGCAGCAGCAGGCAUGGGGUGCUGCUGUUUCUCCGUUUGUUUCUUAA